CAACCACCAACCAUCACGAUUUACCGCUUCCCCGAAUCAUGCAUCUGCACAAAGCCCCAACUGCUUUCUUAUUCUCUGCCUAAUUUGGGGCAACCUUGACGAUACGCAUCCAAAGGUCGAGCGAGCGAGCGCAUCUUGGCCGCUCCUCGCACGCAUCGAUCGAACAUGCCAUCCGCAACUACGCGCAGUUUUGCAGGCAUUGCAGGUGGCUCUUCCAACCAGUCCCUCCCUACCAAUGGGCAAGCCGUAAUUGCGAAUGGGAGGGGAGAUGUGGAGAUGGAACAGGAGCAAGAAGGAGAGCAAGAAGGAGAAUGGGAGGAAGGAGAUGAGAUCCCAGAGGAUGAGUACGAGAUCGAGGCGAUCCUCAGUCACGACAAGGGAAGAUUGGAAAAGGGCAAAUUGGCAUACCUUGUCAAAUGGAAAGGCUAUGGGGAGGAAGAGAAUUGUUGGGUGCGAGAGGAGGAUGCAGAAAAUGCGGCAGAUAUGCUUCGAGAGUAUUGGGAGCGCAACAAGUCCAAAGUGGAAGUGGUGAAGAAGAAGACUCCUUACAGCGGGUCUGCACUCCAGAGCGAAGUCGAUUCCAGCACAGCCAAUGGCAAGAAGAAAGGUAGACAGAGCAAAGCGGAUCAUUCCGUCGCUUCCAUGCCUGGAAUGUCUUCCUCUGCUGCUGUCGCGUCGACGCAGCAACAUGCGCGCAAACGGGCAAAGCCGAAUGCGCACAAUGCGGCGAUUGAUGCCGCUUUGGAACAAAAAGAGGCGGGCAAAAGAGCUAGAAGAGCAAGACAAGGCGCUCUGAGCAGAGUGGUCGCAGACGAUCCUUCGGACAUUGAGAAUGAUAGCGGCAUGGAUGAUGCGGAGCUGGAAUCGAGAUUCGGCGCAGACGAGGUGGCGAGGAGGAAGAGGAUCAGACAGGCUAGAAAGUACGAAAUGUUGGCGGAUUGGGAAAAUGUGGUGAGGAAUGUGGACACGAUUGAAAAGAUGGAGGAUGGCAAGCUGGCUGCUUUUCUUGUAUUCGAGAAUGGCGAAAGACACUGCUACACCACUGCAGUCACGAAUCACCGAUGUCCUCAAAAGAUGAUUGAAUUCUACGAGUCCAAGCUUCGUUUCAAGCCCAUCGAACCCGAAGCUGCCGAAGAACGACAACAGGCGAGAGAGCGAGAUAGGUCAUCACGAGCUGCUGUACAGGACGAAGAGGCUCGUCAAUUACAAGCUGCAGCUCAAGCGCAGGCCGAAGCGCAGGCCGAAGCGCAAGCUCAAGCGCAAGCCGAGGCUCAAGAGCCAGCCAUCGACGAUGCUUCAGCUCCUGCGCCGGCGAGCGGAGGUGAUGCGACUGAGCAAUCAGCUGAGGGGCCAUCAGCUCCGACAAUGCUGUCUCAAUCCGCUGGCGAUCCAGUCGGAGCACCCGAAUUUGCCGGCAUCAGUGGGGCCGGUGCGGAUGUGGAGGCCGACGCAGAUGCGGAUGCGGAUGCUGAAGCGGAUGGGGAGGCGGGUGGAGAUGCGGAAGCAGAGGGCGAUGGAGAUGCGGAUGCGGAAGCGGCAGAUGCUCAAUUAGGCGCUGAGCAAGGAGGUGCACACUUGAACGAGACGCCUUCGGGGUCAAAUGGAAUGGAAAUCGAUGCGUCCCUUGCAGCACCAGCGCCCACGAUCUCGAUGCCGGGUGCGCAACCUGCAGCAGCAGCAGCAGCAGCUUCUUUGGCGAUGCGAGAAGAAUCGGAGGAGGAGGAGGAGAGGAAUUUGCAAUCUUUUGAAGAUGCUGCUGUUGGGGCGUCUUUGGGCCAAGAGACGGCGGCAGAGGAGGAAGUGGAGCGUGGGAAUGCUGUGGAUGUACAAAUGGGAGGGGCAGAAUGAGGAGAGGCGGGGGGAUACGUGUGGCGCGGGCUGAAUGCACCUGUUGCGCUGCGUCGGGCGAAUUGGGAAUUGACAAACACAAACCCCGCUAUAUAGCUCUCUCUCGCCAAUAAACACCCUCGCAUCCGAUUCGGAGGGAGGGAGGGGGGGCUGGCCAGUCUCAAGUCUUCCGUCCCCGGCCCCACCCGCUUCAUCCACCGAGCGUCUAUUUGACCCUUUAUAUCUUGCAAGAACAAAGACGAGACUUUUGUAUUUACGCCGUACUCGAGCCAAUCAAUCCGGGUCA